AAACUCAGUCUGGGUUCAAAGGACCAGUGUCACUGCUGGAGCCUGAUGUGAGUCGGAGGAACUGCAGCAUCAUCGUCAAUGACCUCACUGAAUCAGACUCUGGAUCAUAUCAGCUCAGAGUUAAUGGUUACCUGAAUGGGAGGAAAGAUGGAUUUACAUUCUCUCCAAGAACAACUGUCUCUGUUAAAGGUCUGACCCAGAAGCCCACAGUGAUGAUUCCUCCUCUGACAGAGGGACAGCAGAGCACACUGAGCUGCACUGCUCCUGGUCUCUGCUCUGGAUCUGUUCCUGAAAUCAGCUGGACGUGGAGAGGAGCAGGAGAGAAGGACUCUCACAUCACAGGAAACAUCACUGCUUCCAGGACUGAGAAUCUGACUGCUGUCACUCAGAGACACAGCUCAACCCUGACCUUUAACUCUUCAGCUGAACACCACGGCACCAAUGUCAGCUGUAAGGUCAGCUUCACCAACAACAUCACUACAGAGGAGACUGUCACUCUGAAUGUGACCUGGUUUUCAACGGUCUUAAAAAACUCUGGAUGUGAGGUUCAGUCGGAGGUUCUGACCUGUGUGUGCAUCAGUGAAGGGUUUCCUUUACCCACCAUCACAUGGCCGCUGUUGAAGAACCAUGCUGAGUACUCUGUCAUCACCACGGUGUCACACCACACAGUCAACAGCACCGUCACCCUAACUGUAAAAGACCACAGCAACACUUCUGUUGAGUGUGUCAGCAGCAAUCAAAAUGGAGAAGUAAAAGCAAACCUCAUCAUCCAAUUAGAGAUGUCAGAACAACCGGCCAGAGAGGACAUUAUUUCUUCAGCUUCUUGUGUUGUCACCCUGGUGGGAGAUGGACCCAGUGCAUGGGCUGUCGUUGCUGUUGUAUCUCUCAUUGUGAAUGUCAUCUCCAUUAUCCUCUUGAUGUUGCUGUGGAACACACGAAAAAAGGUGAAACCAAAUCAAGAGGACAGGACUUACAUGUCAUUGCGGAAAACCGACCUAUCACCAGAGUAUGAUGUCAUUGCCCAACCUCCUAACUAACUAGUGUCAGUUUCCAGUAAGUGCUGUAGAAGAUGGUACUGCCAUACUUUAUUCAACAUGUGUUAGAUUUUCUCAAUGUUACCUUUCUAAGAGUUAUUUCAAAUAUAACUGUAAAUUAUAUUUUGCUUUAUAAAGUAUUAUUCAGCUUACAUUUCAUGAACCUUUAUAAGUCCAAUAAGCACGUCUUAUUUUGCAAUGUCCUGUUUAAAUUGCACACCUGUCACGGCUCGUAGGCCUCAAGACCUAUUAAAGCGUAACUCUUGCCAAAAUGCAACCUAUGGUCUUUGUGAAUGUACCUGAGUCAAACUUUCGU